UUUACAACAAAUAUUUAUUAAUUAUUAUUGUUUCUGCAGUUCCCAGUUGUGCAUAAAUAUUAAAUUAAUAUUAUAAAUUGUGUUAGAAAAUGUCGACCGAUCCUGCUUUUAUAGCUCGUCUUAUAACUCCGCAAAAUCGAGAAACAAAUCGAGCAGCUUGCAAAAAGUGUGAUUAUGCUGGACAUUUGACGUUUCAGUGCCGAAAUUUCUUAAGAGUUGAUCCUAAUAAAGACAUCAUUCUCGAUGUGAGUAGUACGAGCAGUGACUCCGAUCAAAAUUAUGUAACACCGUUGACCGAUUUGAGAGAGAAAGAACUUCGAGAGAAACUGAAAGAGAAAUAUAAAGCGAGGAAAUUGGAAAAGGAGAAAAAAAGAAAGAAGAGCAAAAAGAGGAGCGACAGGAAGAGAUCAGUUUCAACAUCUUCGUCAUCUUCUUCAGAAUCGAGUGACAGUGAAAGCGAAGACGACGAUGACCGACGAAAACACAAAAAAAAGAAAUCCAAGCACAAAAAACACAAAAAGACCAAAUCCAAGCACAAGAAAUCCAAGAAAAUCAAGAGACGACACGACAGUUCAACCGGAGAAUCCAGUUCUUCGGAAUCCGAUUAGUAAAAACUAGUAAAUUAGAAUAAUAUUUGUAAGUAAAGGAAAAAGACUACGCGAGUAAAUAUUAAUUCACUU